GACGACAGGGUUGAAAAAUCGUGCGCGACAUUUUUGCGAAGUUCUCAGCUACGGAGAUGUCACGCUGAAGAGGCCUACGUGUGCAACCAGAGAGAGGAGGUCGAAGCUCCCCAGAAUCAUGCUCAGAUCCUGAUCGCGGAGCAUCACGGGCCCCAUAGGGGUGGGGAGGUGGUGGAAGAGAACACCGAAGACAGCCAGCAGCGCUUGGUUACGAUUUCCAUAGGACGGUGGCUGGAUCGUGGUCCUGGAGGAGGCUGGAGAAUGAGCAUGUUGAGUAUUCUGCGUAGAAAUUGGGCACUUCGGGUGUCGGUGGUGCUCAACAUCUGCGUGUUGCUCUACGUAUGCGCCCACUUCGGCUCCUCCGGGCCCUGGAUCGAGGAACCGCCGACCAACUGGGCGGCGCCACUGCAGUCCGAGGCCUUCGGAGCCGUGGACCUCGUGAAUGGUACUCAAAAGGGCGCCACGUCGUCAGCUGUGCCUGCCACCAAGGAUGCAGGUAACAAGGGUGUCCGUGGUAAUACGACCAACCUGGCCAGGGAAAGACUACUCACCACGAGGCCAACGCCGAAUGAGGCCAAGGCCGAACCUGCUGACAGGCCAGAGAACAAGCUCAAUCAGACGGCGAAGAACGGCAUGCCAGUGAUUUAUCCGACGAUGAGCCUAAAAGAAGCUGUGCCCUGUAACGAGAAGUCAAUGGAACCGAGGAGAGCACAGCGGGGUGAUUACUGGGUCCUCUACAAUUACGUGCCGAUGAGCAUGGCGGUAAGAUGCUGGGAAAGCGUGACAUACACCACGCACGCGGACUACACGUUCCUGGAUAAUCUGGAACCACUACUGGAACGAUGGAGGGCGCCGAUAUCGAUUGCAAUGCACGCCCCUGGCACAGACUUCGCGGCGACCCUUGACGCCAUCAAGUACUCGAGAAACUGUGGCAGCCAUCUGGUCUCCCAGCUGGUCACCUUCCACGUAUUCUUCAGCAGCAAACACGUGCCAAAAGUGGUACCCCAUACCGAGAAGGUUAUGUCUGAUACGUAUAACUGCACGCUGGGACCACCGUGGGUGAACGUCACGCUUUCAAAGAUGUAUAAAAACGAAAAGAAGCUGCUGUAUCCUGUGAACAUCGGCCGUAACAUAGCCCGUGAAUCGGCGCCGACGUUCUAUAUAUUCGCCAGCGAUAUCGAACUCUAUCCGAACCCAAACUUGCCCGCAAAGUUUCUUGAGAUGAUCAGAAGGAGGGAUCAGCCCGCCCUCUACAAGCCUAACCCCAAGGUUUUUGUACUGUCUAUCUUUGAGGUGGAUGAGAAGAGUCAGCCGCCUAAUAACAAAACGCAUUUGGUUCAAAUGCUAAAGGCCGGUACGGCUAUCCCUUUUCAUAAAAAGUUGUGUUCUGGCUGUCAUAACGUUCCUCGAAGCAAAGAGUGGCAGGAGACACCGGAAACUGAGGAUCUUCAUGUGUUUCAUGUCGGCAAGAGAACAGGCAGCUUCGUUCACUGGGAGCCGAUUUUCAUCGGGACCAAUAAUGAUCCUCUGUACGACGAGAGGCUUAGCUGGGAAGGAAAAAGUGACAAAAUGACACAGGGUUACGCGUUGUGCGUUCUUGACUAUGACUUCCUCAUCUUGGACAACGCAUUCCUGGUUCAUCGUCCAGGCAUCAAGAUUUUCAAGAAGGAUCCUCACCGUGAAAUGCUGACAGCCAAAACGAACGCACUGAUAAGAAAGAUCAUAGUUCCGGAACUGAAAAUUCUUUAUGGAACCCGAAAAGGUUGUGCGGUGUAGCCCGUGAUGACACGAGCACAACGCGUGCUCCACAGGUGUUUUUUGGUCAAGUGGAAGCACCUCAGAUCAUUCUUGACACCCGGAGUAUCUGGAACUCAGCAAAAAAUCAAUGACGUCCGUAACGCCCAAGAACUUGUAAACACACGUGGCUUUAAAGACUAUGUUCACCAGUCAUUUCUGAACGUUUCCGGUGUCGAAAAUAACCUAAAGGAUUUGAUUCAUUGCGACUAAUAGUCGUCGAUGGUUAAAAAUAAUGCCAAUUGAACGGUGCCGAAAGUAAUAGUUUGUUGGUUAGAUUUUGAGGCAUAGCCUCAUAAGUUUCAGCAAACUUCUCCUAUGAUCGUUAGUUCCUGCAGUUCCUCUUCGUUUCUCAUCGCUGACUUCUUCAUCUUCUUUGCAGUACAAAAGUGUGAUGGCAGCAUAAAAAAGGAAUACUGAGAACAUAAAAAUGGAAUUCGAUUGGUUUAAAAACUCGCCGGUAGUAUAGAAAUGCUUUCCGUGAUGAUCAUGUAGUUGUUUCCAUUGUGAAAGAAUCUUGUUGCGCAUAUUUUUCACCUGAGAUCGCAUUAGAGUGGACAAUUGUAUAUAUUAGCUUUAAGUCUAAAAAUUAGUUUUAAAACGGUGCCUCGUAUAUAGUUGUACAUUUACAAGAAUGCUGUGUGGUUUGUCGGUGAACGUGUACAUUUUGUCUCAUUCCACGAUUUCUUCGAAGAGGAAACGAAACUGUGUCUAAUGUGAAACGACUGUGGUCAUAGAAACAUGCCAAAAAGGUACACUGCUCAAGUUGA